AUGUUUCUGACAGAGAGAAAUAUAACUUCUGAGGCCAUGUUCACCCUCCUGGGAUUCUCAGAUUACCCAGAACUGAAGGCUCCCCUCUUCUUGAUAUUUCUGGCCAUCUAUAGCUUCAGUGUACUAGGAAAUCUUGGGAUGAUUGUGAUCAUCAAAAUUAACCCGAAAUUGCACACCCCCAUGUAUUUUUUCCUCAGCCACCUCUCAUUUGCGGAUUUCUGCUAUUCGACCAUCAUUGCCCCCAAGAUGCUGGUGAACCUAGUUGUAGAAGACAGAAGCAUUUCUUUCUCAGGGUGCAUGGUGCAAUUCUUUCUCUUCUGCACCUUUGUGGUGACUGAAUUGGUUCUGUUUGCUGUCAUGGCCUAUGACCGCUUCGUGGCUGUGUGCAACCCGCUGCUCUACACGGUUGUCAUGUCCCAGAAACUCUGCGCCCUGCUGGUGUUUGGAUCUUAUGCAUGGGGGGUAGUGUGUUCCUUGACACUUACAUGUUCUGCUUUAAAAUUGGAUUUUCGGGGUUUCAACACCAUCAAUCACUUCUUCUGUGAGUUAUCCUCCCUGAUCUCCCUCUCUUGCUCUGAUUCUUAUCUCAGCCAGGUCCUCCUCUUCACUGUUGCCACUUUUAAUGAGAUAAGCACACUGUUCAUCAUCCUCAUGUCUUACGUGUUCAUUGUUGGCACCACUCUGAAGAUGCGCUCAGCCAGCGGACACCGCAAAGUCUUCUCCACCUGCGCUUCCCACUUGAUGGCCAUCAGCAUCUUCCAUGGCACCAUCCUGUUUCUCUACUGUGUGCCCAGCUCCAAGAACUCCAGGCACACGGUCAAAGUGGCCUCCGUGUUUUACACAGUGGUGAUCCCCAUGCUGAACCCUCUAAUCUACAGUAUGAGGAAUAAGGAAGUGAAGGACACUAUCCAUAAGAUAAUGAACACCAAGUUCUUUUCAUAUUGA